CCCUUACCACCAUCGCAACUGCUGUGAAGUUUUUGUCACAUCCAACCAUAUUUGCCCCAAAUUCCAAUCAUAAAUCCCAAGUCUCCUACACUCCAAACCCAAAAAGUUGAAUAGAAUUAGCAUGGCUGACUCGACUAGAAAGCGGUCCCGCUCUCCUUCUGAUAGCGAUAACCACAAACAGCACAAGAGACCCAAUACAGGUCUUCCAGAAGACAAUAACAACAGCAGGAACAGUGCUUCCUCAGCUCCAGGCUCGCCCAACGCAAGGGACCAUGACGAAAACAAGUUUUCCAACGACACGACCAAGGCAAUCUCGGCGACGACGUCAGCUGAACCUUCAUCGUCGACCUCUGCGCCUCCACCUAUAGCCGCCAAUAUUCAUAUGCGGUGCCUAAUUGUCACACAGGAUGCGUCUAUCAUCAUUGGCAAAGGCGGUUCUCAUGUCAACGAGAUCCGAGAGAAGAGUGGUGCGAGGGUCAUGGUCUCAGAGAGCAUUCCUGGUAAUCCGGAGAGGAUACUGAAUGUCAGCGGCCCUCUAGACGCCGUUUCCAAGGCUUUUGGCCUCAUCGUUCGCAGAAUCAAUGACGAACCGUUCGAUGUACCGUCGGUGCCAGGAAGCCGCGCAGUAACUAUCAAAUUUAUGAUACCCAACUCGCGUAUGGGCUCUGUUAUCGGCAAGGCAGGUUGCAAGAUCAAGGAAAUCCAGGAAGCCAGUGGAGCAAGAUUGAAUGCAAGUGAAGGUAUGCUGCCCGGAUCAACAGAGCGUGUCUUGAGUGUAGCUGGUGUCGCGGAUGCCAUUCACAUCGCAACGUACUAUAUUGGGAAUAUUCUCAUUGAAGCUCAGGAGCGGAUGCCCUCCAGUUCAGGGUCCAGCUACCGCCCCUCCAGUCGUCGUCCCGUCGGUGGAUCAUCUUAUGUUCCUGGCUACUCUUCUUCCUACUCGUCCUCACAUCAUAAUCCUUAUGCACCGCCACCUCUUCCUCCCCCAGCUGCGCAACAGCAACAGCAGCAACAGCAACAGCAGAUUUACAUUCCUAAUGAUUUGGUGGGGUGCAUCAUUGGGAAAGGUGGCAGCAAGAUCAACGAGAUCAGGCAUAUGAGCGCGAGUAAUAUCAAAAUCAUGGAACCUGGAAGCGGAGGUAGCAACGGGGCUGGCGGUGAAGGGGAACGAUUGGUUGUGAUCACGGGUGCGCCCGCAAAUAUCCAAAUGGCUGUUCAACUACUCUACCACCGUCUAGAACAAGAAAAGCAGAAACAGCUGCGCCAACAACAGCCGUCUUCGUCUUAACUUUGAUCAUUGCGAAUCAGACGCUACUCCUCCCUCGUCUCAUUAUCCCCUUCUACUCCCAGGCCAAAUCCAUCAAUUUCUUGUACCAUAUUCCGUCUUCUGCUUUUUCCUCCUGUUGUCCCAGAUGAAUAAUCGCUCUGACGCUAAACUAAAUAAAGACAAUCAGCGUCGUAGUUUGGUGCUUCUCUUACUUUCUGGUAUCUCUUCUCCCGUAACUUACUUCCAUAACUCAUAUCUAUUACUCUCCCGUCAUUUCGAAUGCGUGGCCAUGUUCAAUCUACCGUCUUUCGUUUGUAUUCUGGAGGGUCAUGACGGCCAACCUAACCCACACAAGUCAUCGGAUUUUGGCGCAUCAU